AACCUCUCUCCCUUCUAUCGGUACUCGAGUACUUGUAUUCUCACCAGUACAGUACAAGUAUUACUGUAAGGUGUUCUCAACUUUACUGCUGUAUUCACAUCUGCUCCCUAACAAGUCAUCCAAUCUUGGCACCUUUCCCCGAUAAAGCGUGUGUAACCGGAAAAAGCAAUUUAAUUAGCCUCUCCAAAACCCUUUCUCAGCGAAGCAGCACAGGUCCGCCCCUUUCCCUUCCCUUCUCUCGCGCUUUUCCCAACCAACCUCUCCAUCAAGGUCAUCGUCAACCUUUCUUAACACAAACCUCUUUUCUUUCUUCCCCUCUCCCUCUAAGGAAUACAAGAGACCCCUACAGAGUAACGUCUAAUUUUUCUUUCUUGUUUUUCCCUCUGCCCAUUGCUUGGUAUAUUCUUACUUUGUAUCAUCAUCAUCAUCCUUUUCUUUUUUUUUAGAAAUCCUUUUUCUACAGCUCUUUUUCACCUCACGGAAUUAACGGGAACACGCUCGAACAACCGCAAUCAUGGGUAUGUCAAUGUCGAAGCUUUUUACCGGCCUCUUUGGCAAGAGGGAGAUGCGUAUAUUGAUGGUCGGGUUGGAUGCGGCUGGUAAAACUACAAUCCUUUAUAAGUUGAAGCUCGGAGAGAUCGUUACUACCAUCCCCACAAUCGGAUUCAAUGUUGAGACCGUUGAAUACAAGAACAUCUCCUUCACUGUCUGGGAUGUUGGUGGACAGGACAAGAUUCGUCCCCUUUGGCGCCAUUACUUCCAGAAUACUCAAGGUAUCAUUUUCGUUGUCGACUCCAAUGAUAGAGAGCGUGUCAGUGAGGCACGUGAGGAGCUUCAGAGGAUGUUGAACGAGGAUGAGCUUCGGGAUGCUUUGCUCUUGGUGUUUGCCAACAAACAGGAUUUGCCGAAUGCUAUGAAUGCUGCAGAGAUCACUGAUAAGCUUGGUCUGCAUAGUUUGAGGAACAGGGCUUGGUACAUCCAAUCAACCUGCGCUACUUCUGGUGACGGUCUCUACGAGGGAUUGGAAUGGCUCAGUAGCAACUUGAGGGCGCGCAAGUAGAUUGUCGGAUUUCCCUUUUAUCCUUAAUUUUCGCAAUCUCCUCCGCUAUUCCUAAAACUCGACCAUUCCAGGAUUAGUGUUCCUUAGGCAGUCAAUUCAAACUUCGUAUCGUUUUCCGAGAGCACUUUUCAGGGCGUUCAAUUAACCAAAAUUCAAAAAGAAAACUUAAUGGGUGGAAACGAGGCAUGGCUUUUCCUUUUUCUUUAGUUUCCUUUUCUGUAUCUUUUUUUUUUUUUUUUUUUUUGCGAAAUUUUAGUUUGAUGUGUUUUUAAAUGGUGCGGUUUGGGUUGCAGUGGUCCUGAGGUGGAGAUGGCAAUGAGCAAUGAACGCAAUGGAUAUAAAAUUAGCUGUGGCGGGAGGGGUGCAUUAGUUGUGUUGUGAGGUUGGUCGCGUCCUUGAGUGUCAACUAGAACUUAAGUGAUGUGAUACAGAUG